AUGGUCCAGAUCGCCAGCAUCGGCGCCAAGGGCGCGGAGGACAAUGUCCACAUCACUCAGGCGGAGGCGCCGCAGUUCGAGAAGGUCAACUGGAAGAAGGAACCGCAUCUGCGCAGGCUGUAUCUGAUGGCCAUGGUGCUGAUGGUCGCCUCGGCCACCACCGGUUACGAUGGCAUGCUCGUCAACACCUCCCAGAUGAUGGACACCUGGACAAAGUUCUUCUCGCCCAAGGUGGAGCAGGACAACUGGCUGGGCCUGCUCGUCAACAUGUUCAACAUCGGUUCCAUCAUCAGUUUCUUCAUUACUCCCUACAUCGCCGAUACCUAUGGCCGGAAGAACGCCAUCAUUAUCGGAUGCUGCUUCAUGGUCGUGGGCGGUGUGGUCGGUACCGCGUCCAACGGAUACAACAUGUACAUCGCCGGCCGAAUCAUCUUGGGUUUCGGCAACUCCCUGGCCCAGAUGUGCUCGCCGCUGCUGCUGGUGGAGAUCUGCCAUCCCCAGCACCGUGGGCCGGUCACCUCCAUCUACAACUGUCUGUGGAACGCCGGCGCCCUGCUGGUGUCCGUCAUCGGCUGGGGAACGUCGUACGUGCCCAACAACUGGGCCUGGCGGUCGAUCACCUUCCUCCAGAUCAUCCCGUCCGUCAUCCAGCUGCUGUUCAUCUGGUGGAUCCCCGAGUCCCCCCGUUACCUGAUCUCCAAGGAACGCCACGAGGAGGCCUUGGACAUUCUGACCAAGUACCACGGCGGCGGCGACGUCAACAACUCGACGGUGCAGUUCGAGUACCGCGAGAUCCGCGAGACAAUCCGCCUGGAGCAGCAGGCCGGCGAGCAGAGCAGCUACCUGGACUUUUUCAAGACCAAGGGCAACCUGUGGCGGCUGGCCAUCAUCAUCUCGCUGGGCGUCAUCUCGCAGUACUCGGGUAACGCGCUGUUCUCCAACUACAUGAACACCAUCUACGAGGGCGCCGGCAUCACCAGCCAGAACCAGAAGCUGGGCCUGAGCACCGGCAAGACCAUUCUGGACAUCAUCGUCACCGUGGCGGCGGCCAUGCAGGUGGACCGGUUCGGUCGGCGGCCGCUGUUUUUGAUUUCCACUGCUGGCAUGACGACCGCCUUCAUCUGCUGGACCAUCACCGGCGCCGUGUACGAGAACUCGGGCGAGACCAACUCCGGCUCGGGCUACGCGCAGCUCGUCUUCAUCUGGCUGUUCGGCGUGUUCUACGACAUCGGCUUCUCCGGGCUGCUGAUUGCCUACGCGCUCGAGGUGCUGCCGUUCAAGCUGCGCGCCAAGGGCAUGAUGAUCAUGAACAUCACGGUGCAGGCCAUCCUGGCGAUCGGCAACCAGACCAACAUGGUUGCGUGGAACAACCUGCCCAACCACUGGAACUUCAUGCUGUUCUACACGCUGUGGGAUCUGUGCGAGCUGAUCUUUGUGUACUUCUUCUAUGUCGAGACCAAGGGCCCGACUCUGGAGGAGGUGGCCCGCAUCUUCGACGGCGACGAGGCGGUGGCCCAUAUCGAUCUGCACCAGGUCGAGAAGGAGAUCCACGCCGAGUACCACGAGGAGAUUACCAGCAAGGAGAUGGCGUCUCCGAAGACGGCUGCUUAG